UUUAAAGUGUCGGAAAACGGAGAAAAUAAGGCCGUUUGCAGACAGUGUUCUGCUGAACUUUCUAGAGGGGGAACAUCUGCGAAGACGUUCACCACAUCAGGCUUGAUUCAUCACCUUAAAUCCAAACACCCCAGACAACAUGAGGAGUACGAGAGAGACACCACCGCGGCAGCAACUAAAAGGAAAGUAGGCCUACCAAGCUCACACACUCCAUCUGUGGCUGACGUUUUUGAAAAGGCAAAAAAGUUUGGCAGUGACAGUGCUAAAGCUAAGGGCAUUACAACUAAAGUAAUGGAAUUCAUUGCCUUGGAUGACCAACCCUUCUCAGUUGUAGAGGACGUAGGGUUCCGUAGGCUAAUGGGACAUAUUGAGCCCCGUUACACUGUCCCAAGUAGACGGCAUUUCUCGGAUGUAUGCUUACCCGAAAUGUAUAACGUUGUGUCAACCCACGUCCACGAGCUCUUGGCUACAGAUAUUGCAGCCUUUAGCUUCACCACAGAUAUAUGGAGCUCGGAUGUCAGUGCCACCAGCAUGCUGAGUUUAACGGCACAGUGGAUAGACACUGAGUUCAACCUACAAAAGGUUGUUCUUCACUCGCAAGAGUUCAGAGGCUCCCAUACAGCCGCAGCCAUCUCAGAUGCUUUUGCCAAAAUGUUUGACACUUGGCGUAUCGACCCAUCCAAAGUGCAUGCGAUAGUGAGUGACAAUGCAAGAAAUAUGACCAAAGCCAUGGAAGACAGCAACCUUAAAGGCAUAAGGUGCAUGGCCCACACGCUUCAACUGGCCGUCAACGAGGGAGUGUUGAGUCAGCGCAGUAUAGCGGAUGUAAUUGCGACCGGCAGGAAAAUUGUGGGCCAUUUCAAGCAUUCUCCGCUUGCCUAUGGGCGCCUACAAGCAAUCCAAGAGCAAUUGGGAAUGCCACCGAAACGUCUCCAACAAGAUGUGAGCACAAGGUGGAACAGUACGUAUUACAUGCUGGAAAGCCUUUUUGCACAAAAGCGAGUCCUGGCUUCAUACAUUGCCGAUCAUGAUCUCCCCGCGACAUUCAGCGCAUACCAGUGGUGUUUAAUAGAGAACAUUCUCUCUCUCCUUGCCCCCUUUGAGCAGAUAAUGAAGGAGAUAAGCUCAUCGGGUGCAUCUGUGGCAGACGUUAUCCCCUUACUAGCAGCAUUAAAGCGUCUUUUAGGCAAAGAGGCUGAAACAGACCACGGAGUGAGAACAACAAAAAGUGCGCUCUUAGAUGCUGUGAACACUCGUUUUAGCAAGGCAGAUUCCGAACCGCUGUACUGCAUCGCGACAGUACUUGAUCCAAGAUAUAAGGAUCAUUACUUGGAUGUGGGGAAAAAGCAGCGCACAAGGGACAUGAUACAGGCUGAGUUGGAUUUGCAAAAGCCGCUGUGUGAUGGAGACGGUCGCAUGACGCACAGCGCAGCAGAACGGGGAGAUGGCGUGGAGAAAAAAAGGGCACGCACUACAGAUGAUGAGCUGCACAAACCCUUACUGUCUGACAUGUUCGAAGAGAUUCUCCAAGAGAGCAAUCCAAAUACCAGUCAGAAGACAAGCUCAACAGCUCAACAACUGGAUGCUUUUCUAUCAGAAGUCCCCAUCCCCAGGAGCAAUAACCCUCUCGGAUAUUGGAGGGCCAAUCAAGGCCGCUUUCCCCACCUGGCACAGACGGCACGCAGAUACUUGUCUGCUCCAUGCACAAGCACUGAUAGCGAGAGACUGUUUAGCGCUGCUUCUCAUGUCAUCGAUGAGAAGAGGAACAUACUUUCAUGUGACAAAGCAGAGAAGCUCCUUUUCAUCAAGAAGAACCUGCCACUUUUCCUGAAGUAGACUUAAUUUAGUUUAUUAAAGUUGCCUGUUAUUUAAAUACACUGUCAGAAAUAGGGCACUGCCCCAUUUGUGUUCAGCCC